AUGCACGGCGCUUUCGCCAUGGCGGACGCGUCGCCUUUCAGCUUGGCAUCGUCGAUAUCUUGCCACGCGUGGAAUGGCAACAUGUCCAUGGUGGCCAUUAGCCCGCGAACAUCGGAACUAUGGAUAUUCAAAGCUAAUAUCGCGGAUGAUGAGAAACAGUGGGAGAAGCUGCACACGCUGUCCAAGCACGAGGACAUGAUAUCAGGCGUGGACUGGGGUGCCAAGAAGAACCGCAUUGUCACAUGCUCACACGACCGCAACUCGUAUGUGUGGAACUGGGUGGAGGGGGAGUGGAGAGCAGCACUGGUCAUUCUCAGACUCAACAGAGCGGCGCUCUGUGUUGCAUGGAGUCCCCAAGAGAACAAGUUUGCAGUGGGAAGCGGAUCCAAGACUGUCAGUGUGUGCUACUAUGAUGACGAUAAUAGCUGGUGGGUGAGCAAGGUUAUUCGCAAGAAGCAUGCAUCAUCAGUGACCAGCGUUGCCUGGCACCCAAACAACCUUCUGCUUGCGACCACAUGCACAGACAACAAGUGCCGGAUAUUCUCAGCAACCAUUAAAGGGGUUGACUCUAAAAGUUCUGAGAGCUCUUCCUCUGGUGGAUUCUCCGGGAAGUUUGGCGAGCAACUUCUGCAGCUUGACUUGGCGUUCGGGUGGACGUUUGGAGCCAAGUGGUCGCCAUCAGGGGCCAAUCUCGCCUUUGUUGGCCAUGACUCCACCAUUCAUUUCAUUAACGACGUCGGCCCCUCUCUCACUCUCCAUUCCAUCUCCCUCCGAUACCUCCCACUGCGUGAUGUUCUCUUCCUCUCCGAUCGCCUGCUGGUGGCGGCUGGCUUUGACUACAACCCUAUUCUCUUUAGUGCUGAUGCCAAUGGAACAUGGACGUUUGUGAGAGUAUUGGAUGGAUCGGAGGAGCCCACCUCCACUGCCACUGGCGCUGCUCUUUCUGCGAAGGACACGUUUGGUCGAUCGAUGGAGCGUGGGGGUUCUCUCCGCUCGGGCCUGACCGACGCUGCUCCCAACGCCCCCUCCGACUCGGAGCUCUCUAAAGGGCCGAGCACUGUUCACCAGGACUGCAUCACAUGCAUUCGGCCAUUGGGAUCAGCAGAUGAUUCAAUCAUUCAGCAAUUCUCGACCUCAGGCCUAGAUGGGAAAGUGGUGGUAUGGGAUGUGUCAGCGAAGGCGAAGGUGUCGGAGCAGCCGCUUAAGUACGUCGGUACGACGGACCCGAUCGUCGCAGCGCGGAACGUGAAAUGGGCGCGAGUGGCGUUCUUCGUCGCCGUUGGAAUCGAUAUUGCCUUUACACUUGCUCUGCACUAUUCUUUCCACAACGCCUUCUGGACUCCCGAUUUAAGCUCCUUCAGCGGAUUCGUUACAAGCCUCCUCAGCUUCAGAUCUGAUUCCCUCGAUCUCAUCCUAAUCGCGAUAAUCAGAGCAAUCUCUCUGUCGAUUCUGUCAGAAAUAGCUGCUCGGUACGCGUGGCAGGAAGGCUGGGAGCUUGAAAUUCCAAAAAAGGAACAGAAGGGGAGGCCAGGAGGGGGAUCAGGAUCCAAUGCAGCCAGAAGAGGGUCCCAUGAUAUGAAUGGCGGGUUGAACGCUCCGCUUCUGGCUCGGGGAACGGACAAGGAGAAGGAGAAGGAGGAGGAGGAAGAGGAGGAGGAGAAGAAGCAUGAGGUGAUAUCGUGGAAGAAGGAGGAGGAGGACCAGGGCUUUAAGGAGUGGAUGAGCAAUGUGUCAUCCAAGGACGUGACUGUCUUCGUCUCCUUCCUCCUCUGUACCUUCUUCCAGGUGUAUGUGGGCGCCAAGUGCGUCAACUUCGCCUUCCCAAACGAGCUACUGCAGGGCUGGCUGAUGGGGUCGGCCAUCAUCUGGAUCAACGCCGAGUCCACCCUCCUCGGCAACCUCUCCGAGUGCAAUGGCGUGCUUGGCCGGGCUCUCGCACUGAAGGACAAGGCGGCGCAUGCUCAUGCACUUUCGCAUGGGCAUGGGGCUAGAAGGAGGUCGUCCGACGGGGAGAAUGGAGACGGAUUGGAGGUGACCACCUCUUCUGCGGGCUCACACAGCGUUACCAGUCCGUCCAAAAAGUCAAGUCGUGGGGCGAGCAGCAAGCAGCAGCAGGGAGAUGAGGAGGCGCUAGACGAGACAGUUCUUAGAGGGGACAAGGGAAUCCGAAAGGAGAAGGUGCUCACCCCCCGGCAGUACCUGCUGCGCUCCAUCGGGCUCGCCUAUAAGGAGCUGCCCCUUAUAGUCACGGGCUUCAUCUGCCUUGCUGUCACGUCGGGGGCAGGACUGCUCAUCCCCACCUUCCAGGGCCGUAUAGUAGACGAUGUGAAAGACGCCCAUGCAGACAAGGCCAAGUUCCACCAGGACGUGCUGGCCAUGGCGCUCUGUUCGCUCAUCACCGGCAUCUUCGGUGGCCUGCGCGGCCUCUGCUUCUCCGUCGUGGGCAAGCGCGUGCUCAAAACCCUCCAGGACAAGCUCUUUGAGGGGGUCAUCAUCCAAGACAUCGCGUAUUUCGACUCCACCACCACCGGAGAGCUCACUUCCCGGUUGACCAAUGACGUGGCGGCGAUGAGUGAGCCGAUCAACUGGCAGCUGUCGGCGCUGGUGCGGAAUCUGGCGUCGCUGGUGGGAGGCGUGCUGCUGUGCUUUGUGACCUCGUGGAAGCUGAGUAUUCUCGCGUUCACCACCAUGGCGCCCAUUCUGCACAUCACUGCGGUCUAUUCGCGCUGGUCCCGGGACCUCAACCGGAAGCGAUAUGCGGUGCUAGCAGAGGCCAACAGUGCAGCAUCAGAAGCCCUUUCCAACAUCCGCACGGUGCGGGCGUUUUCCACCGAAGGGGUGGAGAGGGAGCGGUACGAGAGCAAGACCAUGGCGGCCAUGGCGAAGGGCGUGAGGGACGCCCUCGCCUACUCGGGUGCGGUUGCCAUCAACAACUGGCUCGACCUGGGGGCUUCAGUCCUCAUCCUCUGGUACGGAGGAGUGUUAGUAAUGGAAGGCCACAUGCGCCUGGGCCAGCUGAUCGCAUUCCAGCUCUACUGGAAUCUCAUCCAGUCGGGGUAUCAGAGCAUCAUGUCUGUACUCAUGUCGCUCACCAAGGCCUCUGGCGCCGCCCAGAGAGUGCUCUCCCUCAUCGACUCGCUCCCAGAUAUUGACCCUGAUGCCGGCACCAAGGUAUCAACGCUGCAGGGAUCCAUUCACAUGGAGGACGUGCACUUCCACUACCAGAUGCGCCCAGACCACCCCGUGCUCAAAGGAGUAUCCCUCCACGUGGAUCCAGGGCAAGUGCUCGCUCUGGUGGGUCGCAGUGGGGGAGGCAAGUCCACUGUCGUGCAUCUGCUCAUGCGAUUCUACGAUCCCGUGCAAGGCCGCAUCGUGAUGGACGGCCGAGAUCUGCGCGAGCUGAAUCUACGGUCGGUGCACGCGCACAUGGGGCUGGUGGCGCAGGACACUCAGAUGUGGGCAUGCAGCAUCGAGGAGAAUAUCGCAUACGGCUUGCCUUCCUAUACUCGAGCCGAGGUUGAAGAGGCUGCCAAGCAUGCCAACGCGCAUGAUUUCAUCACCAAGUUCCCGGAGGCUUAUGCCACACGCGUGGGGGAGAGGGGAGUGCGGCUCUCAGGUGGCCAGAGGCAGCGCAUCGCCAUUGCUCGCAUGCUGCUGCGCCGUCCCCGAGUUCUUUUGUUGGACGAGGCCACGUCAGCCUUAGACGCGGAGAGCGAGGCGCUGGUGCAGGGGGCUCUGGACCGGCUGAUAGCGGAGGGCGGACGCACCAUCGUGCUCGUGGCUCACCGGCUGUCCACCGUUCGCAAUGCUGACAGCAUAUGUGUGCUGGAAGGGGGGCGGGUGGCUGAGCACGGGACACACGAGCAGCUGCUGGAAAUACCAAAUGGAGUGUACGAGCGAUUGGUGCGACGGCAGUUGAGCAAAGCAGCCAAUACGCUUGGGGGAAUCGAGUCAUCAGCAGCAGCAGCCGACAAGCAUGAUCGUAUCGACAAUUUGAUAGAGGAAGUGCACUGA